CUCAACGUCAUCCAAACAUCUGUGUCUGUUCUUACUCUACCUGAAGUCCGAGGCGCUUGUUACUCGCCAUUUUCUUGUGCUGCUGUACGCUACCAUCGCGUUUCCUUCGCAGUUGUCCGUCUCGUCUCCGACGUCAUCGCAACUCCCAUCUAGGCCCCGCACACAAGCUAAGCUUCCCGCGUCUAGCCCCGGCAGCCCGCAAACACACGACCGCAUCCGAGCCUUGGGCAUCUCUCGCACACUUGUUCAAUCGCGCCCCCAGCCACCGACCAGCGACGCCGCUCGUCUCCCUCGCAAGUCUCGAUACUAUCGUCGUCUUACCCUGCACACUGCCGCCACAAUGACUGGUGAAGCAUGGCUGUAUUUGUUGGCGGUGUUGAUAAACGCCGUCAACCUAUUCCUCCAAGUCUUCUUUACCAUCAUGUACAGCGAUCUCGAAUGUGACUACAUCAACCCCAUCGAUCUCUGUAACCGUCUCAACACCUACAUCAUCCCCGAAGCCGCCGUUCACGCUUUCCUGACCUUCCUCUUCCUUAUCAAUGGAUACUGGAUGGCUCUGGUGCUGAACCUGCCCCUCUUGGCAUGGAACGCGAAAAAGAUCUUUGAGAACCAGCACCUACUGGACGCAACGGAGAUCUUCAGGAAGCUUAAUGUGCACAAGAAGGAAUCCUUCAUCAAGCUAGGCUUCCAUCUGCUCAUGUUCUUCUUCUACCUCUACAGCAUGAUCGUUGCUCUUAUCCGCGACGAGUCUCAUUAGUCGUGGGCUGUGCCGUCGCACCCGCUCAUGCCCCCGAUUGUAGUGUUGCCACAGAACUUCCCCACUCACCCAGUCAUGUACGUUUCCGUUAUUGUCUGGAUCCUGAUGGAAGUCAUGUUCCCAACAGUAGUAUGAGAAGCGGUACUGGCAGAACAAGAAGAAAAAGGAGAAAAUGCAUUGAUAUCCGGCACCAAUAAUGGAGCCAUGCGUACGCGAGGGUUAUACAGGAAUAGGAUUGGUCGGAUUUGAUAUCGUUACGUCGGAAUGAAUAGCGUUAGAUUAGUGUAUUGUAAAAUGCAUCAAUUACUGAAGAGGAAUUCAGGAUCAAAUGGAAUUUCUUUUCGAUU